AAUAAUAGACUAGCCGAGCGUAUCAGACCAGUCACAUAAGGUGAUCUGUUUCUUUCCAUCUAAACUUGUUGAAUCCACUCCAGACACAAUAAUGUUGAUGCCAUCCCACAAGAGCACAAGAGCACAGGGAGUACCAAAUUCAUUUGCCUUCCAGGCGCGAUGACAAAUCUUACAGCUUUCCCCUCCGACUGACACGAAAUUUUCCACGUUGCCUGCUGUUGCUUUAGCCAUGACCACCUCCUCUUCUGCAUCCAGUAACAAGCGGCCAUUGGCUGUCGAAAACGAUGACAAUGUCUACAUAUCGACGCCGAUUCAUGACCGUUCGUCAACAUUUAUCGCACAUUUCCACCCAGGAGACCCGAGUGUAACGCCCUCAUCAACCUCUUCCGACAAGCCCCGUCUUGUAUCAUUGACUCAAAGCAUCAAGGCCGUCCAAUCACAUCCCGAUUUUGCCUCGGCAGAUCACAAGAUGGUCGCGUGGCGAAGAAGAUCUAAUCAACGUACUCUCAACGACAAGGCCACAUACACAACUGGCUCGGAUGACGAUGGAGAGAAGUAUGCUGGCAAACGCCUGGAACGAGUUCUUGUCGAUCUUGACGUUCAAGGCACCGUAGUGGUUGCCAGAUGGUAUGGUGGCGUUUUACUUGGCCCUGUGCGAUUUACGCACAUUGAGAUGGUUGCGAGAGAAGCUAUCAAAAUGUGGCAACGUGCAAGUCAUGGCAUCGGAGGAAAUGACGCGGACUCUGUCAAACGACCCAGAGUUACUGGCGACAAUGCCAGUGGAACUACCAAUGGUGGUGACAACAACGUGGCCGAUGACGCGCAAAGAGCUAGAUUGGCACGUCAACUCGUCGAGCGUGACAAGAGUAUCCUGAUCCUCCGGGAUCUAUUGUCCGAGAAAACCAAACUGGUAGCUGAUAUGGCAGCAGCCUCCGGCGGCUCGGAUUCUCAGUCAUCGCAACAACACAGCACUCCGCCGACAGCGACUCCAGCGUCAUCCUCAGGUGCAGUGUCAACAGCGCCCACCAUAAAACCAAUUGAUUAUACCGAGAUGCCACUCCAACGACUUCGACAACUCGAUAAAGCUCGAGAUGCUACGAUCGCUUUCAUUCUGAAGCAGAUUGACAAGGCCGAGGAGAGUAUCAAGGCUGUGACUUCACCAGUAAUCGCUAGUGCGAAGGAUAAAACGGCGACAGCAACAGCUACAAACACCGAGCUGUCAGCUCAACCAGCCACAGGAGACAGCCUCGAAGCCAAGGACCCUGAUACGCUUGAAAGCAGUACUACGAAGAAAGAUGGGAUUUGACUGUGACCUGCAUGUCUAUGAUCAAUCUUUACAUCACUAUGCAGACACGGCGACAUCAUCCUGACCACUUGCCACAAAACCUGCACUUGCACGGCUACUUGCCGGUGUCAAAGCGUUCUUCUCUGCCUCUUCCUCCUUGAACUUCUCCACCACCAUUUUCCGAGUCAACUGCUGGUAGUCUGGGAAGACUGUCAGUCCAGAUCGCAUAGCAGUAUUCCAUAGUCGAACGUCUCUGGGGAUUUUCAGGUUCUUCUGGAGAGGACAGUACUUACGAAGAACACCACUCUCCUUGACCUGGUUCAACACACCCUGGGAAUAAACCCCCCUCCACAGAUUCUCCUGAGCAACUUCACACAACUCGAAAUCCUCCAGAGCGACUUUCCGGACGAAUUUAUAAUAAUCUUCGAACCCCUCUGUUCCACCUUUACCGUCAUCAAAGUAAUAGUCAAAUUCCAUCCUACUCUCACCGACCUUGUCACCAGGACAGACCCGGAAACUACUCAUCCCCCCACCGUACAGGUUGAGAGUGCAAACAGGGAAGAAAUACAAGAACAAACCAUCAUUGGGAUUCGCCGGAUCGGCAAUAUGUCGACUAUAUGAGCCAUGGUUGUGUACCUCAUAGAAGGUCGGAGGAUACUUGACGCUGAAGGACCGAUGGGUAUAUUGACAGUGCAGACAUUCCUGAUACCCAUCGACCAUGGUUUUCCAAUUGAAGUUGCCGGGAUAUUUGAUGGUGCGUCGGUGUGGUAGUCGACGGAAGUCAUACUUCGACACCAGUUGGAGGAGUGAUGGUGGGAACCACUCUUCAAACGGUGGUGCGGACUCUGAGAUGGUGGUGAAGAGGAGGCCUGUUGGCGUCAAGUAGUGUGCUAGUGGUUGGUUCUACUCUGGAGGUCAGUAUCAAGCACGAAUGAGAGCAGUCAAACAUCGAGACAAGACAGCACAGCACAGCACAACACAACUUCACCAUCACCAUCACCACCCUGACAACUCAAACUCCUGAACUUCGCACCACCUUCUCCUUCUCCCCUCACCGGAUGCAAUGGGUUUACAUACAUCUGAUUUCCUGACGACACUGAAAUUCUCAUUCCCAUCAUGUUCAACCACAACAGUAACACCCGCGAAUUCAUACUCGAUAAUACGAUCAAUCGCAAAUUUGGGUACAGCGCCAACGAGAUACCAUGCUUUGAAGAAGACGGCUCUUCGCUCCAAUUGGUACAGAUUCUGCGAACAGUACCAUGACGCCGGGAGCGUUUUGGUGGCGUCCAUUAUCAGUUUUAGAUUCGAUGUAUGUAAUCGAUCUAUUGAAUACCCAGCGGGCCUUUGGAACGAUAAAUCCGUCUGUCUGAUCGACGGCAAAAGAGCAAUCAGGGAUUUGACCGAG